GGAAUUGGCGGUCACGUGACUCGGCAGCGAUGGCGGCGCCGAAGGUGAAGCAGGACAUGGCCCCCCCGGGGGGGUACGGACCCAUUGACUACAAACGGCACCUCCCGCGCCGCGGCCUCUCAGGUUACAGCCUCUUCGCGCUGGGGAUCGGCAGCCUCCUGCUGGGCUACUACACCCUCGUCAAGUGGAACCGGGAGCGCAGGCGGUUGCUGAUCGAGGACCUGGAGGCUCGGAUCGCGCUGAUGCCGCUGCUGCAGGCAGAGAUGGAUCGCAGGACCCUGCGGAUCAUGCGGCAGAAUCUGGAUGAGGAGGCCAAGAUCAUGAGGGAUGUUCCUGGAUGGAAGGUGGGGGAAUCGCUGUUCCACACUGAACGUUGGGUGCCCCCCACCCCGGAGGAGCUUUAUUACCUCCGCCCCUCCAGCGAGAUGGACAACGAGAAGUUUGGGCUCCAAUACUACGUCUGAGCCCCCCCCCCGCCGACCCCUCCCAGAGAUCCCCAGCACCUCAGGGGGGGGUUCACUCCCUUCAUCCCCCCAUUCCUGUGGCUGUUAUUAAACCCCCAGGAUGUUGGGUGCUG